AGAGAUUUGAACACCAUUCUGUCAAUGCAUCGCAAAGUGCCUACAAAAUUAUGACUUUGCACGGUUACCUGCGAUCAUACUUUAAUAUCAAGAUUUUAUCAUAGGAAUGAAAGUCUUCGUCAAUGAAUAAUCCAGAAAUUUAAACAUCAGAACGUAACAACCAAUCAAUGUACAUUUAUGGGUUGUUUGGGUGCGUAAAAUACAUGUUUUGUUAAUUAACAGAGUGGGUGAGCCAAGUCAAUUUGCAUUAGGCUCAUUAGGCUAGCGUUAAAUAAGUCAGUGAAUUUCAGUGGGUCAACGCUUUGAAAAUAUUUCUUUUUUUUAAGAAGCAAAGCUGCUAAAUAAAUGUUAAAGUGUUAGGGUUUAUAAAUAUAAAGUGUCUGAUAAAAGAAAUAAUAUCCCAGUUUAAAAUUAGCUAGUUAGUUGUAUCAACUUAUGUCUAUGUUGAACAAAACCCUCAGACUGUAAGUACUAUGACGGAAUAAUUUAAUGUGUAGUGUACUGUGUAAAGUAAGUGAAUGUAACAGGGAAUGCCAAAGGCGUAAAUGGGUAAGUAGAUUAAGUUUAAGUUUACAUGAUUUUUUUACCGUGGAUAAUUCCAUGGAUAGGAACCUAGUAGUAGUAGGCCUACUAAGCUUGUUUAAUUUAUUAAUUUUAUUAGUUGUCAGAAAACAGAACAGAUCGUAGUAAGUUAAGUAAGUAUGCCUACUUGCAACUCCAUGGACUCUUUUAAAAUAGUUGAUUUUCGGCAGGGAAGUGGGGAACAUGAUCCUCGCUCAUUGAGGCGUGCUAAAUCAAAAACCAAAAUAAUAUUUAUAAGUAUACACUAAGUUGUUUAAAAACUUCGAGUCGUGAAAUUUUCUUGAAUAGAAUAAAAGGGUUUAAUUUUGAAAUAUAAUUUUCAACCGUAGAUUUGAUAUAUUUUAAAGUAUGUACAAUACACAGAAUGCUACACAGUUACAAAUUAAUACUUUAAUUAAAAAAUGUACUUCCGAAAUCUCUGGACAAUCUGUCAACUUUCUGAACAUUCUGUCAACUUUCUGGAUAUUCUGUCAAUUUUCUGGAUAUUCUGUCAACUUUCUGGAUAUUUUGUCAAUUUUCUGGAUAUUCUGUCAACUUUCUGGAUAUUCUAUCAACUUUCUGGACAUCCUGUCUACCUUCUGGAUGUUACCCUAAUAUGAAAAGUAAACGGAUUAAUCCCAUCUGCCUAAAGACCCACUGACAGCCAUUGUUACGCAUUGUAUCCAUCCUCCCACCGCAAAUCAUGCAAAGACUCUUUCGCUUUCUCCCAACUUCUCAGUCUACUUCGCCUCUGUCAGUUCGAUGAAGACUUUUUAGAUAGGGCUAAUGAAAUGAUGGACUUCUUCCACUCCAGAUCUUAUCCUGUAAGUACUCUUGUCUCGCCACCCAAGCACUAUCACAUGUAGGGCUGCUUUCAAACCUCGUCCAAUAAUAAAUGAAGAUCGAAAAAACUCAUACUAACCUACAACCCUCACAAUGUGGUUGCCAAAAAAAAAAAAAAAUUCAUAAAGAAUCGACGAAAUCCCGACACCAACAGGAUAUUCUCAUCCCCUCCAUUUUUUUGUCUUCAGGCGGGAUACACAUCUAACACCCAAGCACCAUCACAUGUAGGGCUGCUUUCAAACCUCGUCCAAAAAUAAAUGAAGAUCGAAAAAACUCAUACUAACCUACAACCCUCACAAUGUGGUUGCCAAAAAAAAAAAAAAAAUUCAUAAAGAAUCGACGAAAUCCCGACACCAACAGGAUAUUCUCAUCCCCUCCAUUUUUUUGUCUUCAGGCGGGAUACACAUCUAGGUGACCCUCUGGUUCACAGUCGUCUUUGAGCUAACCUGUCUAAACCAUGCUCAAGAAACCGUUGAAGGUUUUGAAAAAAAAUCACUCGAAACCAAAAACAUUAGACGCCCUAAAUGUACAUUUAUAAUCAAAGAGGGCUUCACAUGUAAGCUCACCAGAUUUUCUAGAUCAGGCCCGUUCUUAGGCAUACGCUGACUAUGCAUACGCGUAGGGCUCCGAACGUUAGGGGGCCCCCGUGAGGCGCCCUCGAUCCCCCGUUUUUUUUUUUUAAACUGGCACUGCAGCCGUCUGUGUCCUGAAAUUUAUCGUUCUGAGUUGAAUUCAGAGGCAGGGGAAGGGAAGCAGCAGGAGGGAGCUUUGGGGGUGGCAGACAGGAAAUCGGGGGCUUGGUCGUGGGAAUGGGAAAGAAGAGGAAACAUUGAUGAAGGCAGAAUGGAGGUGCCGCAGUGGUGGGUGGUGUUUUCUCCUCAGCUCGAGGGAGCUUCACCCCUGGACCCCCCCUCCUUCCGGGGCCCCCAACCUACGCUCCAUGCUUAGGGCCCCCAAACUCCUAAAAACGGCUCUGUCUGGAUGCCUAAUACGGACACAACAACCGGAGACAUAGCAUUUAAAAAAAUUUCCAUUCUCAAGAAGCAUAUCAUAAAAUUGAGGACAUAUUAGAUCAAUGUUACACGGAAGAAUCAAAAUAUUCCAGAGUGAUUACUUUCAGAUGCAAUUUCUCAGACGCCCAAACAUGGUUUGCCUGAGAGAAAGCCGCAUUUGUGCCGGGAAGGCUGGAUAAAAAAAUCAAGCAAUAGUUUCAUAUUUACACAAUGUACACCAUUUGCUUUGAAGUGUAGAAAUAUUUGCACCCACUUUUGAUCUACAGAAAUAUUUUGCGGGUUCAAUUCUUCCAGCUUGGCAGGGGGAAAAAUGGUUUCACAUGAGUUAGCUCAUCAAAGAGGUCGCUAUCAACAAUCGUCCCUGGGAAGAUUUCAUUGACAUAAGUGACACGCCUUUCUACGUUGUCCCAGGAAGGGAAUACUUGCAAAGUCACCCAAGUAAAUUUUUCAAAAUCUUCAAGUGAAUAGACCAACGCUGCAGAUAUGUUACACGUCAUGUACCAUAGAAAUCAAACACUUUUGUUUCUAUCUCUCUUGCAUUUAUUUCAUCUGCUUCUCCGAAUGUCUAAACUUACUGCGAAUAAUGAGUGGAACAAAUUUAUGUUCUAACCUUUCCUGACAUUUUAGCAGAAGACUCUGCAAUUCCUCAGCUACUUGAACAAAUCUUACAGUCUGACUUGAAAUCUUUUUGAAACACAUCAGCUUGGUUGUGUAGAAAAUAGAACCAUAUAUUUCUGCAGUUGUAUUUUAAAAAAAGACUGUUUGAGCACUACGCUCUAGAGACCCAAAUUCCGGUCACAGUUUCAAAGACAAUGACCAAGUAGGCCGGAAGUCACCCUUCCCGCACUGGCCACGGCACAGGCUGCGCAGAUAGUCUCACGUGGUUUCACGCAGUUUUUGAGAAAUGUUCCGCACGAUGGCGCUGGAGCUAUUUAUUUGCGGAGAAAUAAGACAAAUGGAAUAAGGCAAGCAAGUGGUUGCUGUCAAAAGUACAGACCAGCCGGACGAUUGGAAAGUAUGGACAAAUACGGACGCAAAAAUUGGUACGGGCAAGAGGGUGGGAAAUGCAGACGUACUAAUUAAACAUUGAUCUUUUCUUCUUCUACGAGGAUGCGUCACAUGUGGGUACAAUUAGUGAUCGGUUGCAUUGCAAAGUGUGUGUGUGUGGGGGAGGGGGGGUAAGAGAUUCAUGUUUGGAAUUUUUAGGGUGUCUUUAACACAGUCGAUCCACCCACGGUGUGGUCUUCCCAUCGCCUCGACACCGGACUGCUUGCUAUUUUAGGCUUGGAAUACGGGUUGCUUUACAAGUAUUCUGAAAAGGUGGAUCAACCCAUUCACUUGUGGGUUGGACAUUGACUGACUGUUUGAACCACUAGGUUCAUUUCCUGGUUGUGCAUGUGCUCCCUUCUUAUUAUUAAAGACUUCCUUUCUACUCACAAACCCGUUGGGUUUGUCAGUUUGUGGCAUAAUUUUGUAUUGUCACUUAAGACAAUGUCGUUCGGUCGAUUCGGUCGUCCUCGUGCAGUGAUCACCUGGUGAACGACGUGUGAAGUGUGGGUAGGUGACCGAUGUCAAGUCCACAGAUAUGAGUGCUCUUCAUCUCAUUGCUAUAACUAAAGCAAAUUAUAAAGCAAGUUAUACGAGGGCUCUUCAUCUCAAUGUUAACUAAAGCUGCAAGAGCCAAGUUAUACGAGGGCUCUUCAUCUCAAUGUUAACUAAAGCAGCAAGAGCCAAGUUAUACGAGGGCUCUUCAUCUCAAUGUUAACUAAAGCUGCAAGAGCCAAGUUAUACGAGGACUCUUGAUCUCAAUGUUAACUAAAGCUGCAAGAGCCAAGUUAUAUGAGGUCUCUUCAUCUCAAUGUUAACUAAAGCUGCAAGAGCCAAGUUAUGUGAGGACUCUUCAUCUCAAUGUUAACUAAAGCUGCAAGAGCCAAGUUAUGUGACGACUCUUCAUCUCAAUGUUAACUAAAGCUGCAAGAGCCAAGUUAUAUAAGGACUCUUCAUCUCAAUGUUAACUAAAGCUGCAAGAGCCAAGACUUUUUCAUAAUUUUUUUUAAUGAGUUGCAACACUCAGACGAUGUUCACGGGAAAUGUCCUUUUGUUUACAAAUCUGUUUAUGUACACUUACCAAAUCCAGCUGUAUGGCUUGUAAUUAUUGAGUUACUGGUACCAGCACCGCUGAGUAUGUAUAGAUAAUCAAACGACAUACGAGAAAUGUUGUCGAGAAACAUGAACACAACACAAGAGGUGGUGCGAGCAGCUUGUCGCCCUCUAGCUGUGUCAUUCGUUGCCCAGACUAUGCACGUCAUUUCAUUUCACCUCGAAAUUCUCACUGAAAAUGCGAAUGCCUUUAUAUUUUGCGGACCGUCGAGUUUCACAGAAUAAUGGAACGUUGUGUCAGUAGAACCUUGGCUUUAGAAUUGCUCGAUAAAACUGAUUGAUCGUUUUUAUUGUACUAAUGGGAUGACAAACUCGAACACCUGAGUUCAAAUCAUUAACCGUCAGAGGGAGCCGAUGCACAGAGCAAGGAACAAAAGCUGCUUUUGUUAAAAUCGUGCGUAUUUUAGCCUGAGCACCGGUUUCCUUUGCUGCCAUUGUCAAACAACCGUCAUAUCCCUGUUCAAGUCAUUUGACAUGUUCAGACCACAUUGUUGCAGUCAUUCAGAAAAAGCAUCUGUCAAUGCAGCAUCUGUCAUUGCAGAUUCUGCCAUUUGCUCCAGUGUUUGGAAUCCAAUAAAUUCUUCACGAGUUUUAAAAGCACUAUCUACGCUGUCUACAAAACGUACAGUCAACGGCAAUUGUACUGCUCCCGACACAUCAGAAGCUUUAUCGGCUGAUAUUGAGAAUCCUAUAGCCUAUGGGAUUAUUUACUGAUGUAAUAAUUGUUUGUAUUUAUAACCCUCCCCAUGUCUCUAUCAGUUGAUUUCGGAUCCUUUGAGAAGUGUAACGCUCAUUACCAACGGACGUCUGUGAAUGUGUCCCCAGGUGGUCUUUGCCGCCAGCCUCCACUCUAAACUGAAACAGAUCAUGAUCAAUGUCCCCUGUCACUAUUUUUACCAUCACUAUUUUGACCUCGCAGUGCGAUGUCGUGUGCUAUGCAGAAAAUGAUUUUGGAUAAUAUGGGAAAAAGCUUUUUUCGAAUUUCUAAAAUCUUAUGAGAAUUAGACUUGUCUAUCUGACUUAUAAAUAGACUUGUCUAUCUGACUUAGAAAUAGACUUGUCUAUCUGACUUAGAAAUAGAAUUGUCUAUCUGACUUGGGAUCAAAUAGACUUGUCUAUCUGACUUGGGAUCAAAUAGACUUGUCUAUCUGACUUGGGAUCAAAUAGACUUGUCUAUCUGACUUAGGAUCAAAUAGACUUGUCUAUCUGACUUAGGGUUCCCGGUCUCCGGUUGACAUGUCUGUGGUGGCUUGUCGAUUAGGAGGCGUCGGCCACCGACCACCUCGACGUUACCCGGGAAACACAACCACUGGGCGUGUCCUGCGUGGGCAGACAAGGGAUGUGCUCGGUACCUGCCGUACAUAAAAUAGCUCCUACAGGGAUGCCAGUUGUGAUAUUUCCCAACUGGAACAAUAGGCAGAGACAGGGUAGGGAUCAUGAUUACUGGAUAUGAGGCGAGAGGCAAAGGUGGUAACCUCUGGCCGAUGAUUCUUACUACGCAGCCCUGAGAAGCUGCUCCAAGGCAACCGUUUCGUCCCAGCUACAUCGCGAAUUAGUUGCGUUGUGGAAACCCACUGUAAAAUCCCUCUUAUAGGGCGUCUAACGCUUCCCUGGGAUGGGUGGGAGAAGAUAUUAGGACGUAAAAUUUUUCCAUCCCGACUCCUGAGAAAUUCGAUCGAGUGCACUGUGUCCAAACACAGUGUCGGACCGACCGGGUGUCUUUGGGUUAGGAAGGCCCCCGGUGGAGACCCUGGUCGAGCAGACUCGGGUGGGGGCUGUCUUGACAAAGGGACAUCCCCGACGUGCCGCUCCGCGGCCCGAUACCGGGUUGGGGAGGGGUGUUUUGGGGAGGGCAUAAAGAGCGCAAGCUCGACGGCCCGCUGACGCCAUUUCUUAAUGUAAUAUCUGACUUAUAAGGAUAUGCCGGUCUAAAUUCCUAAUGAUGCUCACGAAUGCUAUUGCAUCCUGCUGAGCACCUUUGUGCCACUCACUUUCCACAGGAUUACGAGCACCUUGAGGAAAGUCAUUGUACUUAGUGAAAGCUGUUGCUAAAAAUGCGCCUUUGUACCUGCCAUGAAUGGGCUGCGGGAAAACAAGCCAGGCAUACCGAGAACAAAGUUUUUGGCCACGUCUGUCCUCGUGCAAUUGUAACUUGCUAUUGGUCAGUUGGGUUAUGAUUCAACGAUGUUUAAAAUAAUCUGACAGUUGAGAUGUUGACUGGAGCUAGCGACCCAAAUCAAAAUUACCGAUUGCCCUAUUAUGUGUUGAUAUUUUAGUGUCACAUCUCAGUGAUGCCGAUAGUAAUGAAUCGCAGCUUUGAGAACCACUGGCACCAGCUUCAAACUCCCGCGAGAGUGAAAUGUUCAAGUCACUACCUUUAGUUUGUUCCUCAACGUGCUGGUCCUCUCUUGUCCGUGUCGUUGAUGUGGACCCAGUUGUUAUAGGUUACAUGUCUUAGACUCAUCAUCAUCAAAUGAUUUCUUUUGUCAUUUAGCCGACCUCUCCGUCCACAUGGCACUCAACGUUUGCGGCUGCUUACGUGCAGGGCUGUCCUUGUUAUCAAUAUUAACUUUACUGGGAGUCAUAAAUCUGUCUAUCCAUAGGUUUACCUUUGACUACGACUAGUACCACUGCGUCUGUCACUUCAGAAUGACCGUCCACGAAUCUCUAACUCUACUACCCGUGUCCCCAAAAACUGUUCUGUUAUAUUUCCCGUAACGUGACUAUAAAAUAAACAGCUAAAUACGCGUCCCGCGGUCAUUGAAUUGCUACACCAUUAAAGACAACAUUCUCCCGACAAGAUUCUUUACCCCGGAUGCCUAGCCCCCAGAGUUUCUUUCAGACAUUGUCCGGGGGGGGGAGGGGGGGGGGGUGUUCAGUGGCCAGAGGCGUAGCUAAGGGGUGGUAGAUGGGACAUAUGUCCCGGGCGCCAGACUAGCGGGGGCACAAAAAUGGGCUUUCAUUGUAUUUAAUGGUUGAAAGUAAUUAGUUUCAGAGUUGAAAAGGGGCGGGGGGCGUAAAAAUGAAUAAUGUCCCCUAAAGACAAUCAAUCGAGCUACGCCCCUUCCAGUGGCGUAGAAAAAGGGAGGAUGAAUUUGUUCACCCAGGUAUCACUUUUUUUCUUUAUAUGGAGAUGUAGCAUUUUCGGCUAACUGUAGGGUUUGCAUCGUGAAACAAGGAGAGUGGCAAAAAUAUGUUGCUUCCAAUGUGGCACUAAUAGUAGCUAUGCCACUAGGCAGUGUAUCUAUCGGCACCAAAAUUAUCGCUCAUUUUCAUCGGGGAGUAGGGUAGAAAUUGAGGACGCCGAUGAAUCUUGCUUUAUUUAUAUCAAUAAAAUCAAGAGGAAGAUCAUGAAGAUAAACUCAGCCAACCAAGAGCAUGUCUCCCAUCGUAAGAAAUGCACUAGAAGAAGUGAAAGCCUUCACAUACUUCGGCAGCACCAUUGACUUAAAUGGUGGAUCCGAAGUGGAUGGCAUGGCUAGAAUUGGAAAGGCCAGGUCAGCAUCUGUGCUAUUAAAGAGAAUAUGGGAGUAAGAGGAGCUGACUCUUCAAACUAAUGUCAGAAUUUUCAACACAAUUGUCAAAACAGUCCUACUAUAUGUAGCCGAAACUUUGACAACAGCAACGAGCAUUAAGCAGAAAGUACAUACCUUCAAAAACACUUGCCUAAGAAAGAUCUUGAACAUCACAUUGUCAUCAUCCCCAACAAAGACUUACUGGAAAGGACAUACCAUGAGCCUAUUGCUGAUCACAUCAUAAGGAAAAGAUGGAGGAGGAUAGGGCACACUCUCAUCAAACGUCCAGAUAACAUCACCAGACAAUGCCUAACAUGAAAUCUGCAUGAGAAAACAAAAGAGAGGAAGCCCUAGAAAUACACGGAGACGCGAGCUAGAGGCGGACACUUAAGUAUGGGAUACAUACGGAAGCAAUUGGAAAGGAACGCACGGGACCCGAGAUGAAUGGAAAUUCUUGUAGAGACCCUAUGCAGAAGACGGGGUAAACGGCAUAAGUAAGGAAGUAAAAGGAAUCUUGAGCGGUGGAGGGAUCUGGGGAGCCUUCCCCACAAGAAUUUUUAAAUUAUUAUUUCAAAAUCAAGAGGUGCAUUCUAGAGUAUAAUUAAUUUCAAUGUUUCUGUGUCUAUUUUUGAUCAGGGGAAGGAAAUGUGUAAAGGUCUGGUGAGGUAUUAUGGUGCCAAUGCAUACAUAAACUGAAUUCACUUAGUUGUGGCGUGCGCCAGUGUGAUCAUUUGGCACAAGUUUAUAUAUUAAACCCAUACUGUAACAUUGAUCAGCGUGAGGAAAGGGGUGCAGAAAUUGAGGGUGCGGAAAACAGUCGCGCAAAUUCAAAUGCAAGGGGUGGCUUUUGGCGCAUAUUUGAAUUCCAUGUUUAUUUCAGGCAAUUUUGAGGUGACAUUUCAAACUUUCGUGUGGGAAGCGCCUAAAUUAGCCUUAAUAAUAAUCAAAGAAUUCUUUAACGCUGCACCAGCGGGACAUGAACUAAAUUCAUUCCAGUUAUGAUCCCCUUGAAGGUAUGCCUUUUCCCUAGCUUAAUAUCGCCUAUGAAAUCGUUAUACUAGUUCCCAAAUGUUUUUGAUAAAUUCAAAAUAGAAGAUUGCAAUUUAGCAAAUACUUUAAUUUAGUUGUGCAACAUUCUACACUCGGAGAGCAACGGAAGAGAUGCUAGUUUUAAAACAAUGUAGGUUCCACACAAUCUUAGAAACAUCCUGUGAGCCCAGCAACCCCUGCUGUGUGUGGACUGUCUGUAGGCCUAUUGUUUAAAGGCUGGCAGGUAGGGUGUAGGACUGUCUGUAGGCCUUUUUUUUAAAAGCUGGUAUGUAUUCUAGAAAAUGAGAAGCAACUCUUUUUUAAACACUUGGACCCACCGGUUAAAAUAAACUGCACCCGGUAAAGCCCCAGUGUAUAAUUAUAUAUAUAUAUGUAAUAUAUAUUUAUUUAUAUAUAUAUAUAUAUAUAUAUAUGCGUGUGUGUGUGUGCUUGUAUGUAUUGUGCAAACUGGUCACCUUAAAGUUCCUAUGACGCAUGUGUCAAGUAUUCCCUCGAGACCAAAGUGAUUAUUCGUCGCCAGUGAUGGAUUACCUUAAACCAGGGGUGGCCAACCUUUUCAGCAGGCGGGCCAAUUUCAGAAAUAAUAUUUCCUGCCGGGUGAAGCACCAUUGUUUGUUUUUGUUUUGUGUUAAUGAAGUAAAGAAGCAAGCAUGCUACAGUUUCGACCACAUCGUCGCUUCCCAUUUGCUGAGAUCGUGGUCAAACGUAUUGGUCUGGUUUAAUGGUAACAAAAUAAUUAAAAAUAGGUAUUUUUAUUUUUGUGAAAAAAAUUAAAAAAAUAAAUAAGAAUCAAACAUAUUUAUUAGACAAUUUAAAAAUAUUUAAAAGUGGGACAUCUGACUUUGUUUUGCAGCAGUAAGUCCAUCAAAAUUGAUCUCGAGUGAUUUUGUCGCUACACGCAAACGGUUUUCCCAAUGAACAUCAGUAAUUGGUGUUCUCACUUGUGACUUGGUGUGCUUCAUACAACUAAAAAAGCUGUCCCCACGCUUAAGUGUUUCCAAACAGCGAAUCCAUCGUCAGAUCAUGUUUGUAAAGCACAGGAUAUUUAUCCUUGCCUAAAUAAGUUUUAUAGAACUCUUCCAAACCACCUUCAUGGCAUUUCUUCUUUAACUGUGUAUCACAACACAUUCCACAAGGUUCCAAUUGUAAUCUUCCUGAUAAUACAUUCACGUCUAUACCGCGAAUGGCGUUGCAAAUACACAAAGAAGCACGUGAUGUUUGUUUUUAAAAUUCCUGAAAUCGCUUUUCAAAUUGGAGGUUUAAGUCGGACAUCAAAGAAGGGUAUCCUUGAUCCGCCGCCUCACGUGUGUGACGUCUGGUUGCAAUGACCUUGUAGGAAAGCGGGUACAGUUUUGUUUUUUCUUUCAACUGUUGUUCCCAAAGACCAAGUUUCAUUUGAAAGGCAUAAGUAUAAUCAUGCAUCUUAUUAAUUAAUUGAUCUUUCCAUUGUGGACGAGUAUUAACAUCAUUUAGGUAGCUAGUUAUAGCGACCAGAAAUGCAAACUCUCCAACCCACUCUUUGUCUUCAAACUCUGGGACACUUAAUGACUUGCUUGCAAAGAAUGAUUGGCUCUCUUGCUGCAAAUCAAACACUCUUUACAACAUUUUGGCACGGGUCAGUCAUCUUUCGUCUGCAUACAAAAUAAAGUCAUUAUUAUCUGAGUCCAAAGACUUUAGAAAUUCUUGGAACUGGUGGUGAUUCAAUGCGUUCGACUUAAUGAAGAUCCCUAUUUUGACGACCACUUUUAGGAUAUGGUCCAUUUUGAGCGACUUCGAACAUUAAUUCUCCUGAUAAGUAAUGCAAUGAAAAUUUAGUAUUUGAAGAGUUCCCUACUUUACAGGCCUCAUUUUCCAUCAAUUUGACUAAACCUACAUGUCUCCCAACCAUUGCUGGAGCACCAUCCGUUGUUAAGACUAAACCUACGUGUUUCCCAACCAUUGCUGGAGCACCAUCCGUUGUUAAGACUAAACCUACGUGUUUCCCAACCAUUGCUGGAGCACCAUCCGUUGUUAAGACUAAACCUACGUGUUUCCCAACCAUUGCUGGAGCACCAUCCGUUGUUAAGACUAAACCUACGUGUUUCCCAACCAUUGCUGGAGCACCAUCCGUUGUUAAGACUAAACCUACGUGUUUCCCAACCAUUGCUGGAGCACCAUCCGUUGUUAAGCCUGAUAAGUUGUUAAUCUCGGUAUUCAAUAGCUUAAAAGCAAUGAUUUUUUUGAAAAAUGCGAGAGAUUUCAAAUUUCUCAAGGCUAUAAUUUUUAAAUAUAUGCUACGAACGACUCAUGACGUAAUGUUCUUUCAGGGAUAUCUACAAUAAAGUUAACAUUUAUUUUCAUUUGACACAGCUCCACCAGCCUCAAUAUGACCUUAUUUUGGCCACCACUGCCCUAAAGGUCAGGGGGUCCCUCGCACUCUAAAGACUAAAGGCACGUAUGACGUAUACGGAAUGGCGGGAUUUUUCUUUCUUUCUUUCUUUUUUUUCUUUUUGCUACUUAUUUUUCAAACAUCACUUAUUGAUGAAGUAGUUUAAAUAAAUAGUUAAAUCAAAAUAAUCAAACAGCAUUACUAUGUCAAUUUAGUAGCAAAUAAAAUAAACAUGGUGUGUAAUAAUAUUCAGGCCAGGGAACCUAAGUUUCCACUAGCAUCUGUUCCGUUGCAUUCCGAUUAAAUGUAGAAGAAGAAUCAAAACCUAAGAAGGCGUGGUUCCCUGACGUGCCUCAUUUGCCUUUAGGCCAGUAGUCGGCAAACAGCAAACAGAGCCAAAAAUCAGCAGCAGGAUUUUAAAAAAAUUUGAGAGCCAAAUUUCUUUUCAAGAACCUGUCAAGAACUAUGCUUUUGAGAGCCAAAUUUCUUUUCAAGAACCUGUCAAGAACUAUGCUUUUCGGAGUCAAAGCCGAUUUGUGACCGACUGGCAUAGCCGCACUCAGGUCGUCAAAGAGCCACAUGCUGGCAGGCAAAAUUUUCGAACGUCUUAUUGACCCACCUUCCAUCGACCUAUCGAGCUGAAACUUGGCACGACACAUUCUUUCAAUUUUUUAGCCCCAACCCCAAAAAUAAAUUUGUACUGUUUUUCAAUGGGAACAUAAGGAAAAUUCCCGAUAACUGCACUAAAUGAGAUUCGUAAAAAAAAAAAAAAAGGUUGAAAGCGCGUUUGGGGUGUAAUAUUUCUUUCUUUUUUUUUUUUUUUUAGGAGCAUCAACUGCUUGUGAUCUACCUGUACUAAAAUGUACGCCACAGUCGUUUAAAAAACAAAAAAAGAUUCACAUGGAAACGUCAAAGAUAUUUAUCAUAUUCUUUCAUUCAUGCAUAUUGGAGAAAAAAGUCUGACAAGUUAUGUCCCUUGACACCCCUGUUUUUCGUAAACAUAGAUGACCGGAGCCGUCGGGCAUUGAAGAUUCUUUUCCCAUAAGCUUAGAUUUGGAUGAUGGUUGACACCUCUGCUGGUGUUCAUCAAAGUCUUNUUAUUUUUAUUAUUAUUUUUACUUACUUCUCCAAUUUAUUAAAUAACUUGGCUACUGUACAAUGUUUUGUAUUUUUUUUUAAAUUCGAACAAAACUAAGUUAGAAAAAAAAAAAAAAUCCGUUCCAACAAAUAAAAUAUUCCAGUUUUUCACUCGCACCUCUUAGCCUUCACAUUUAAAAUGAAGAAAAUAAUAAUAUAUCAAAUUUCCGUUCAAACAAACUUCCGCUUGACCAAAUAUCCAUUCGACCAAACUUAAGUCGAUCAAAAGUCGAUCAAUUUUCCGUCGACCAAAAUUCUUUCCCCAAAAAAUGUUCCGGAUACGCUAAUCAGGAUAGCGGCGAUGCGUGUCCGGGUCCAUUUUGACUAUAUGCUAUUCGGAUGACAUUUAUGGUAGUUUAUUUUAGUUAAACUGGAGAAUUAAGUUUACAAACAUAUAGUCCAUUCAAUUUUCUUUCCUUUGAUACCAAAUUUUAUCGAACAAACCCAACAAUAAUUUUUUAAACAUUUUUUUAAUCCCAACCUCUCACUUCUGGUAGCCGGGUUCGAAUAGCCACUUCGAAUCGGGAAAUAGCCAUUGCCGGGUUGAAUUUUACAAAUCUAUGUUUAUUUUCUGUUUUCUUGGAAAUUCCUCUAAGUGUGUGAUUAUAAUAUUUAAACGAUGUAAAAUAGUUUCAUUUACCUAUUUAAAUGAUGUUUUUUUUUUUCCAGGCCAAUUUCGUUGCUUGGGAUGGUGAAUAAAUUUUAAAAUCAUAAAAACAAUAAUAACAGGAUUUAACCAUCUGGUUUUGAAUAAUUAAAUAUUGAAAUUGGUAUCGAUACCUCACACUAAUAGUGUCGUCACUCAGCGUUACGAAGCACAAUUUCACAUUUCCAUUCCAUUCGUACAGGUUCGAAAUUUUCUGGUGGUGCUUCAGCCGAACAAGUGGGUAACGAAAAGACACACAAGAUGAAGACCAUUGCAACAAAAGUAAGUUGAAAAUUUAUGAAAUUUUAAUGGACUUAAUUAAUUAUUAGAAAAUUUCGUCAGUAGUGACAGUGUGUCAAAUUGAGAUUGCCAAGUCGGCCCAAGUCUAACUUAGAAUUAUUGCUAAGAUUAAUUUGAAGUUAUUAAAAAUAAGAAAUCUACUAUGAAGCAAGUACAUAAAAAUUGAAGAAAAUGACCAAUGUUAAUAUACUGUUUAAGGUAUUGACUUCGGGACUAUUGACCACUUUUAAUUUUGUAAGAUGUUGAAUUAGGUCUAUUUGUAGUUAAGUGUAGGACUAGUAGGAGUGCCAAGGCCAAGACCAACAUCAUUUGAUCUCAGCCAUCUACUGACGUAGACUACUAAUACUGUUUAGGUACUUGGAUAAAAAAAUUUAAAAAUUUUGUAUAAAUAAACUAAUGGCUUAUUUGAGUAGAGCUCAUUUUUUUUUUUACAGAAUUUUAUACCACCAAAAUCAAAUUUUAGCUGUUGUAAUUUUAAAGUUAUGGAUUUUUAAAGUACGAGUACGACUUGGUUUGUCCUUUUUAAAAUUGUUUCAUGGCAUGGACCGCAUCUUCACAUUCACAUUCUGUGACCCAAUUCCGCUGUUUGAUUCACGAGCUAUAUAACUCUUGUUUUAAUGAUAAUUGUAUAUGACAUUUAUUUUCAGGACUUAUGCUGUAUUAAAAAAUAAUUUUAAUUUUAAUAUUUAAUUAAUUUUUUUUUAAAAAUAAUUUUAAUACAAUGUUAUAAAAUUAUAGAUAAAUUGUAGAUUAUCUAAAAAUUCACUCUCAUCUAUUUAUAUCAGUAAAUUUAAUAUAAUGUAUUAAUUUGCAGCUUUUCUGUUUACCAAAUCUACAGCGUCCAUUAUACCAGUAUAUCAUAGUAUAUGCUAUAUAAUCUAUCGAAGUGGUUAUGCGCAGCCGACUGCGUAUAACCCUGAGAGUUAUACGCAGUCGACAAGUCACGUGAGGUCUAUAUACGUCCUGUGUUACACUAUCGAUCGAUAAAGGUGCCUCGUUGAUAGAUUGACUGGGUGGUCGAAUGGUCUAAACUGAGCCAACCUCAAGUUGGGGGACUUGAGUUCAAUUCCAGCCGAAUGUCAGCCUGAGAGUUGUUAUGCUUGUUCUCGAGAAUGAAGCAAAAACAGCUUGGCUUAUUGUUUUAUUUUGUUGUGGCUAAAACAUGUUUAAACAUGAUAAGAAUUAUUAACUUGACCAAUGUAAGGUUAAUAAUUUUAUUCUUAUUAUAAUUAUUAUUAUAAUUAUCAUAUUAUAUGUUUGUGUUGUUAACUAAUUUUGUGGCAGAUAAAAACAUAUUUCUUUGGUACAGUAGUUAUAAUCAGGGGUGGUGAGUAGCAGAAAAAAUAGCUGUAGGGGCAUGGGGUUCUGUAGAGAGGGCUCUGUAUGUACUGUAAGUAAUACUUUCAAACAGUUAUAGUUUUGCAUGGAAGCUGAAAAUUGUUAUAUUUAGGUCACCAAAAAAAAAAAAAUCAUAAAUUAUAUAAUUUUUAAAAAUAAAUAGAAUGUAUUUCCUGAAUUAUUCAGUAAAAACAACCACAUAGUCAUAGCAACAUUAAAAACCUAAUCAAUCAGAAUACAGAACUAGACUUAGACCAUGGAAAUGCCUUUUAAAAAAUCAUCUUCUCAGGCUUAGACUCUAAGAAAUGUAGACUUUGACUUAGAUUUAUAAUUAUAAUAUAUAAGAUACAAGCAAUAAUACUAAUAAUAGCACUAAUACUAUUACUAUCAUGCAAUAUUAAUUAAAAUUAUUUCAAUUAAAAGUUUACGUUAAACACAUUAAAAGUUAUAGUUCAAAACAAUCAAUCAUGCAGCUAUUUACACAUAAUACUUUUUUUUUAGAUUGCCAAACUAGCGGUAAUAAACCUUAUUUGGCUAAAUUCCCAGCCGACUGCGUAUAACCCUGAGAGUCGGCUGGGAAUAACGCUUCCCAUAAUCUAUAUAAGGCAAUGCAUCCCCUUAUUACUAAAAUACUGUUUGGGCAACUUUGGGAACUAUUUAUUUUGAACUUUCAACUUUGGCAAAUGGCUAAUUAAUUAAAGCUUUCCCUGACCUGGUUUAAUAGUUUUUGCACACGGCAAUCGUUUAUGAAUGACACUCUGGGAUACUACGGUAUAGCCAUUAUAAUGAUAUGAAAUGCUUGAUUUUAAAUGCCUGACUCCAAGUCUGACAAAAACUGACUAUAAAUAAGUACAAGUCAGUACCGGGUACUGAAAGGGGAUUUUACGUUUAAAUUAAAUUAAAUAUACUUUAACUAAAUUAUGAUCAACUAAGGCUCUAUGAGGUGGUAUUUAUAUACAGCACGGGUAAUAUAAUAAUGCUGCAUAGCAGCUUUUCGGACCCUGGUCCCAUUAGACUAAAUGCUAUUCUGUCCUUUGUAGUAGUUUAUUUUAGUUAAACUGAAGAAGUAAGUUCACAAACAUAUAGUCCAUUCAAUUAUCUUUCAUUUAAUAUCAAGUUUUGUCUAACAACCCAACAAUAAUAAUUUUAUAAUUUUUAAUCCCAACUUCUCACUUGAGGGACCUGGGUCCGAAUAGCCACUUUGUAAAAAAAAGUUAAGCAGUUUUGGUGCCUCUUUCAAAAAAUGAAAAUUUGUGUAAAUUUGUAAAGUGUAGUUAGAGGCAUGGAUAGGUUUUGAUCGGCUACGGCUGUUUGGUAGUUUACUACCAAUAGCUUCCAGGGAGCUAUUUGUACUUGUAGUAAACUACCAAUACUGUCAAUAGCUUCUAGAGAGCUAUUGGUACUCUCAUACCAGUAGCUUCUAGGCGGCUAAUGAUACUUUACCAUAAAAAAUUACUAAUUGGUGAUAAAUUGAUGUAGUACAGUAUUGUCUAAGUAUUGGUAGUCACUAUUUUUUAAAGUACAUCACUGAAAUCACUCUUAAGUCUUAAGUAGGUACGUGUAAUUCCAACUUUUUUUCCCCUAUACAAUAUGUUACCAUAAAAACGUUUGUCAACAUUUUAGACAGCUGUCUGGUGGUGGUGCACGUCAAAACUUAUUUUUUGUGUCUAAUUUCAUAAAUUCACUCCAAAUUAGAUUUUCAAGACAUAAUAUAAUGCACUUAUUUUUCUUUGUAUCUAUUUUAUGUAUCACAGCUUGUUAUCAUCGGGUUCUGUGCCGUUAAAAACAUUGAUUCUGCAUAGCAUAAAAAUAAAGUUUUAAAAAAAGUUUAAUUUAUUUUUGUUAUAGAUUAACAAUUUACCCAAUGAAAUUAUUUGAUUGUACAUAAAAAUAUCAAUGCCUUAAUGAAGCCUUUAUCUUCAAACCUAAUCACAUUAUAGCAUUUCAUUUUAUUAAAGUAACAGGAGUGGGGUUUUUUAAUAUGCAGAAAAACUAUCAUUAUGGUAAUUAUAGACAUAUUUAGGCCUAUAUUUUAGUUAAUAAUUUUAAUCAUAAUAAUUAGCACACACAAAAUUUUACAAUAAGCUUAUUUACUUUGGCAAAAAAAGAAAAUGGGUAUAAUUUUUCAUAAAUUUUUAAUAGCAAGACCAUUCUGCUUUCUAACAAACAUUAAAUGUUUGCAGAAUAAGUUAAAAAGUGACAAGUGCAACUACUAUAUGUUGCAACAGAUUUUGUGUUGGUACCAGUAGAUGAAACAUUAAAAGAAGACUCACUUAAUAUUUGAGUACAAUGAAACUCAAUUAGAUCUAAAGAUAAAAAUUGUUGAACAACGGAUUCUGCAGCAAAAUGCCUUGAAUCAUAUUUUAUUUGAUUUAUAAAUGGAUUAAUUAGUGGGGUAUUAUGUCUAGCAUUUGAAUUUAAAAUUGACGAUAAUUUGGAUAGUUUAUUUAUUUGAGAAUCGUGUUAGAUGAUGCGGGCAGGUGUUUAGGUUUGUUUGAUGAUUUAAAAUCAUAAAAACUUUGAUGGCAUUUUCCAAAUGUUUGAAAGUAUCAAAAAAGCAAUUUAAAGCUAAAAUUCUUUCGGGAUUCAGCCGAAUUGUUGCCACUACCACAAGCUAGUAAUAAAUGAACGGGGCAAUACUGAUUAUGAUUAAAAGCGGGAUUCGGCUUGAUUUGAUUGGCUGGACUACAAUAGUAAUCUACCAAUAAUAGACACUUUAUUUUGCUUAGCUUAAUUGAGUCUCACCCUAAGCGCACUGAAGUCACUUUGGGGACCUCCAACACUGUGCUUAGCGUGACAGUGACAAGACCAACAGUUGGACCUGAAUUAUGUGUAUAACUUUCCCAUUCUUCGUGGGCAUUAUAUUUAAAUAUUCACGUCUUAAGCUAAAUCUUACCAUCAAUACAGUUAAUAUGAAAAAUAUUAAAAUUUCCAUUUGUUUUUAUUAAAAUUCAUCUUACAAGUUUCAAAAGAAUUGUUAAAAAGAACUCGAAUCUUAAUUUGUGUCAAUUAGCUUUUCAUUGAUUCCAAUUUUAUUAUGGAGUCUUACUGAUUAAAAUUAUUUAACCUAAACGAAUACUGUUUGUAAAAAUCCAUAUAUUUGAUUGGUUUAAUUCAUCAGAUUCUUUCAUAUGUCGUAAUAACACAGAAUUGAACACAAGUCCUAACACAUUUAAUCAAAGACAUGUAAGAUAUAGUGCAGCUACCUACAAGAAAGAAAGAAUAAAACCCAACCAGCCACAAAGGUUCUUUUGACACUGCUGAUGAAUAUAUACUUAUGACAAGAGGGCUUCAUUAAAUACUAACUCUCUUGAAACACACAGCAGACAAUAAAAUACUAUCCAUAGCUCGACAAUAAUAAGUUAAUUCCCAUACCAUAAUUUAUCUAUAUUGCUGCACUAUUGAAUUUUAGUGAAAAUCUUUGCCAUAUUCAUAAUUAAGGCUGGAGGAUAAAUUAUAAAUAGUAUAAAUAUCUGGGCCUUUUAAAAAUAAAAUAAGGGCCAAAGGCUUAUACUGACUAUCAUUAUCAAGUCUAUCUGUAGCCUGGUAAAUAUAUUUUAGCAGGAUGGGUUUCAACAAAGAUUUCUGUCAUCCAAAGAGCAGUAAUGUCACUUUUGGGAAUCCUAACAAUGGACACAAGUUUAAUAAUUAGACCUGAACAGUGUGUACCCUAACUUUCCAAUUCUUCACUGAGCAUUAUGCACAUCAUAAUUUAAAUCUAAUGAUAAAAUUAAUAUAAAAUAUAUUCUAUGGAAUUUUCCAUUGGUUUUUUUUCAACUUACAAGUUUGAAAAUAAAUUAAAAUUAUAUCCUUGUUAAAACACCAAAAUGACCUAUUUUUUACAUUUUUGAUAAAAGCUCAGUGUUAUAUGUAGGCUAUAUAUUUUCAUGGAUGACAUCAGUCAUCAUAAUCUUUUUGAUUUUGAUACACAUUUUUAACAUUUUUAGAUCCACACUUCACCAUCAGAUUAUUGUCUGAUUCUUUAGUAUUUUUGUACACCGUUUAAUCCAAUUUGAGAUCACCCGUCUUGCAUGUGUAUCAAUAUUUCAAUUCAUAAACAAUGCAUCUAUAAAUAACGACAUGCAGAAUUCAAGAUGGUUAGGUUGUUAAAUAAGAUGAACUGACAUCUGUUGAGGAAAUAACUACCGGUAUGUAAAACUAGCUCAACCAAACGGGGGCAGUGCACGAACUUCCCAUCUGCCAAAGUUACUCGAAAAAGCAUGAAAAGGAAAAAGAAAAUAUUGCCCAUCACACUUGAUGUAUUUUUAAGAAUCUCAUUUAGUGCAGUUAUCCAUAAAUUUAUUGUUUAUGCAGUUGAAUUCAUUUGAUAGUGUCACUGAACUCUUCAACCUGAAAAAAUGUGUUUUGUGUAACCUUUGUGACUUGUGCAAGAUGUUUGCAACCUGAUUAACAUAAGUGUGGAAAAAUUAGUUUUGAAAGUAAAAAUGUUAAAUAAAUCUAAAAAUACACAUUUAGCAUUUAAAUUGUGCCACAUUGCAAGAUUCCUAAAGUCAAAUAAAAGCGCAUUUUAGCUCUUGAUUUCAAGCUGCUAUGAAAAUCAAAGCUUAUAAGAUUAUGUUAUUUCUUUGGAUUAAUGUGUUUAAAAAUAAUUUACUAUUUUAAGUUGCUGUAGUCAUGGCAAUGUGUGAAAUUUUUUAAAGGUGAUUACAGCCUCAAAACAUUACAAUUGUAAUAUAGGGCAUAAUAUAGUAAUAUGGGCAUAGUUUCAGAACAUUACAAUGGGCAUAGUUUCAGCAGAAAAAAAUGUCUGGAUCUACAUGGUUGUGUGACUGAGCUAUUUAUACCUUAAAGUCAAAAUACUGAUCUCGAUUGAUUACCGGGUAACAUCAGUUUUAAGUCAGAGAUGAAAUGUUCACAAAAUUCAUUCAAAAUUGUUUCAGAGGUGUCCAAAUACCAGUAAAUUGUGUUUGUAAUAUGAAGCAGUUUAUGUUUUAAUUGACAUUCAAUAUAAUAACCAUCUUGUUGGAUUCUUACAAGGUUAGCUGUAUUUUACUUUUUAAUUCCCAUAACUGUGUCUUUUUGUGUCUAUUUGAGAAAAAAGUUGGUGUCAAAACAUUUUCUCUCUCCCCCCAAAAAAUAAACUUAACAAUCCACUACAUUAAAGGAUUUUUUAAAAACAGAAUUGUCAAUGUCAUCCUAGCGAUAACAUAAUAUACCUUACCAUUAACACUCAUUGUUGUGCUACUGACAUUAGUUUUAUCGAACCAUUUAAGUUGUGUGGAUAAACAAUGUUUUAAAACUCUUUAAGUAGAGUUGCAAACACAGCCAUGAUGGGGUUUGAGAUACAUAGGCUACAGGAGCUCUUAACUCUGCUGCUGCCAUUACUAUCCACUUAGCACAGUGAGUGAUCAAAUAAACCAAUGGCUUAAAAUCAAUAACUCGUCUCUAUCUAACAGGUUCCACAGCUAUUGAAAUUUGCUUGUAGCAUUGCUCACACACAAUUUGAAAAUAUUUUGUGCUCAGAGAAUUGAAUUGUAUUGCUAAUCAUCCAAAGUGCUCAGUGAGCAAAUAUAUUUGGUAGAAAUGUGCUAUAAUUUUCAAGACCGUUUAGGACAUACACCAGUUGGUAAUCAAAUUGGUUGUCUUUGAAGAAAUUUAGAUUGCUGGUUUUUGGGUGGGGAAAGCAAGGUUAGUUUUUUAAUUUGCUUAAUUAAUAUUUAUUUAAAUUGCUGAAAAAAAUUGGGGAGUACAAUCUUUGAAUUGCCGGAAACCACUGCUUUGAAUAAUUAAAAUGAAAUUAACCACCAUAAAGAAAAAAAUAUUUUUCUAAUCCAAACAGCAAGAGUUUGACCAGCUGAUCGCCAGUGAGAAAAACCUAAUAGUGGUGGACUUUUAUGCUACAUGGUGCGGCCCAUGCAAAGCUAUUGCACCACAUCUUGCAGUGAGUUUAAGUUUUUUUACAAUUAUUUUAAUUUAGUGUGUUUAUAAUUAUAUUGGAUGUUAUUUGACGACUGAAGAAAAGAACUGAGGAAACCUAUAUUUCUGUGACAUCAUUUCAUUUUUUUCCCUCAAUAACAACUUUUAUGUAGUUCAAGUAUUAACAAAUUAACACCACCACCACCCCCCUCACACCACCCCUUUCUGUAAAAUUUUGUUCCAGCUUUAUUCCCCGUUGAUUUCUUUCAGGCCAUUAUCAUUCACUGUAGCUUAAAAAUGUAUCAUCAAGGCACUAGUGCUCCUGAUGUCUAGUUUCAUGUUUCAGGUUAAUCAUAAAUAUCUGCAUGAUAGUGGGGAGGGACAGGAACUCAUUUAACAUACAAAUGAUGCAAAUGGAUUCAGUAGUUCUAAAUAGAAUGUUAAAUACACAUGACUAUGAUUUCUUUGGGGAAGUGGGUAACAACUAUGAUACUCCCAGAAAUUCUAUUUCAUGUUCUUUGUGUAUGUCAUAUCAGUACUUAAUUCAUGGUAAAUGCUGAAUUAUCCAAAGGUGAUAUUUUACUUGUUCAUGUUAUCUUUUUGUUGCUUAAUUAAAAACAUUAAGGAUGCAUUACUUUCAUUUUUUUCAGAAAUGGUCUGAGGAAUAUGAUGAUGUUACUUUUGUCAAAAUUGAUGUAGAUGAGAAUGAUGUAAGUCAUGUCAAAGUUGUACAUCUUCUAAACAGUUUAAGACUGUCACUUAAAGUUUAUAUUAAGCAUAUAAUUUUGCAUAUUUCCUUGUCUGUCCAACCACCAACACAAUAAUUUUAAUCUCCAGAUUUUAUAAAUCCUUAAAAUAUAUAUAAAAUGAAUAAAUUAAAUCUAAGAUCAUUUUUCAUGGAUUUUCGCUGAUUGUUGAGGGGGGGGGGGGGGAGAUCUCCUGGAACCCAACCCCUAAAUUUAAUGAGGGAAGACUGUUUUGAUUAGUGCCAUUGAAUUGCAUUAUUUAUUUUGUCCAUCAGAUAAUGCUAAAAUUAUAUACAGUAGCAAAGAGAUUUUAAUAUUUGGACAUAAUACACAAAAUAUUUUACCUACUCUUUGGUAGCUGUGUUUUCUUAAAUUUUUAAUGUCUGCUUUACAUUAUUUUACACCAUUUAGACAGGAUUGUUAAAGAGCUUUAUCAAAAUGUUUAGACAGUAUUGUUAAAGGGUCUUAUAAAUGUUGAGACAGGUAAGUAAAGACACUUAACAAAAUGUCUUAUUUGUGUGUCUUCUUGUACUUCAGGAGACAGCUGAAUCCUGUGGAAUCUCUGCCAUGCCAACUUUUCACUUUUAUAAGAAUGGCAAAAAGGUUUGUAGAUUAAAACAUUCAGUUACUGUUACCUUUUAUUUGAAGCGCUUGUACUUUGACAUUUGUCUCCAUCACUCAUUUCGCAACUUGCAAACUAAAAUAAACUAAAGGGAAAAAAGAACGAAGUAGAUUAAACAAGGUAUUAAGCUUUUGGUCUACAAAUUUACAUAAUUUAUUUUAACCCUUUGAUGGCUUGAACCGCAUAUUGAGGACUGUUUAAUUAGGUUUUAAACAAUUAUAUGUAUUUGAAUGAAGAUAACUUCAAAUAGUUUUAACAGUCACUGAAAACAUGAUGAACCUCAUUGUAACUUAAGCAACUUGGAAAAUGAAGAACUCAGUGUGUGGAGACUGUUAUUUGUGCUGUACAUCAGAAUCUGGCAUUUUGAGCAACAGUAACUUGAGUAAUAUUGUUUUGGAAGAAAACAAGGAAGGCUUAAUCCUAAGGAGUGCUUCUCAGCCAGCAGAUCCAAAUGGGAUUUAUGUAAAAGCAUUUCAUUGUUGUCAAUGGCUUAAUUUGACCUACUCUUAUUGUCUUAUUGUUCACCAGAUUGAUGAGAUAGUUGGUGCCAACCAUGAAAAGAUCAAGGAGAAAAUUCUGGCCUUGAAGUAGUCUGUUACUAAGUGUUAGAAAAACGCCUUUUAUUUUCAAUUGUGUUUAUUUACUCUAUUGGGCAAGAUGGGACCUUCACUGAAGGAUGGCAAACCAACAUUUAGACAGCGGUAUAGAGAUUUAUUUAUUUAUAUAUAUAUAUAUAUACAUGAUGUCUUUUUAAUUCACUACCAAAGAAUGCUGACCGUUGUGACGGGACUAACAAUAAAGAUCAGUAUUGAAGCAUUUGAUGCAUGUAAUCACAUUAUUAAACUGAGGCAGUACUGUAUUAUAAUGUCUGUAAACGAUGGGUUAACUUCCAACAGAGAGCAUUCAUAAAAAGGUUCAUGGAGGGGUAACUACCUUGAAACACUGAAUUCUGAACUCUUUCUCAAUCAAUAAUAAUAAUAUUCAGUGGGUGGAAUGUAUGUCCAGACAAUGUUAAGUUUAACAAUAUUUGAUCAAUUAUUUUUGUAAAGCUCAAGCUGUCAUGAUGCGGGUAUCUAAUAAGUACUCAAGCUGUCAUGAUGCGGGUAUCUAAGAAGUACUCAAGCUGUCAUGAUGCAGGUAUCUAAUAAGUACUCAAGCUGUCAUGAUGCGGGUAUCUAAGAAGUACUCAAGCUGUCAUCUAAUAAGUACUCUGUUUUUUAUGCUGGGAAGAAAAGUAGCAAGACUCUAGCCCAGUUGGGAGGGAAGCUUUUAGCGAUCUGUAGGGUUUAAGUAAUACAUCUGAAUCAGUUCAACAUGCAUACAACCACACCUCGUUUUAGCUGAACCUGGAGAUUUAGUUGUAAAUGUUCUAUGUGUAUUAGCUUUUUUUUAACAAGUGCAUACCACCAGUGGCAACUUUGCUGCUUAACAUAGCUGUUGUUUGGUUGUUUAAUUUGUGUGUGUGUCAUAUUUCUAUCACCCUAAACCUAGCAUCUCUCUCUCUCUCUCUCUCUCUCUCUCUCACUAUCUCUCUCUCUGUUUUGUUGGACUAGAAAAUAGUUCCAUCAUAGCAAAGACAAAUGAAAAUAAGUGAUUGCAGGGCUUAAGAAAAUUCAUCUUUUUAAAGUGGUUUAAAUCAAAAUAUUAACACAAAACCUUAAGUUGGCUUUCAAAUGCAAAAGAAAAUUUAAAACAAAAGCUUGGUUUUAAACUUAGAUAUUUUUAUUUUGAAUGCAUUUAUCAUUGUCAUAAAAAACUGGAACAUGAUCAUUGUCAUUAAAACCUGGAACAUGAUCAUUGUCAUUAAAACCUGGAACAUGAUCAUUGUCACAAAAGUUGGAGUUACAAACAUAAUUAUUUUAAAAAGUCAAAAAUGCGACCCAUUCCAUUUGAAUUAGUUCUCCCAUUUUUAAAGUCAUGGUUUUGUAUGUUUUAGCAUUGAACUUUGAACCCUAAAUCAACGUGACUUGCAUAUAUGAAAUUACCACAUUAAUUAUUAAUAAUCACAACUCUUCUGUUUCUUUUACAACUUGAAUGUUUUGAAGAGCCACAUACAUUAAGUGAUCUUUCACUUUUUACAAAAAGACUUUUUUAAUUGGAAGUGGAAAUUUUUCAAUGUACCAGUAUCUUUUCUUUUUUUUUUUUUUGUUGGUGUGGUUGGGGGGGGGGGGGUAAUGAAAUCUAUGGAGUUUUAAUUUCACUUUGAACAUGUUGACCAGCUGUCCUAAACUGUCCAUCUUAUCAUGUACUUGUCAUUUGUAAACCAGUCUUCACUUUUAAUUUCUAUAUUUGAAGCAAUUUUUUUUUAAUGAAGAAUAAACACAAAUUUCUUCUCAU